UGUACAGAAAUUCAUUUUGACUUAAAAAUAUAAAUACUAAGUAUAUAUUUAUUAAAAUUAAUACAGAAUAUUGUCUUAACUUUUUUUUUUUAUAAUGUCGAACAUUUCGUUAUUUAAGAAAAGUUUCACGCCGAUUCUUCAUCACGUCUACAUUUUAAAGCCUUUUUUGUAUCCGAUGUUGCAAAACGUGGACCAAGUUCGACAUGUAAAACAAAAACACUGGGCUCCGAAGUUCAAAAAACUCCGCACUAAAAAAUUCAUAGCAAUGGAUAUACCAAAUUUGAAUGAAAAGGAAAGCGAACUAAGUGAAGAACAGAUGAGAGCCAAAAUGAAAGAGCGUGGUUUGAAUCCUCCACGUCCGUGGAUGGAACGCCCAUUCAACCUUACUGCAACAUCAGAUAUAUUUGAAGCAUAUGUGCCACCGGAGGGCGAUGGGAAAAUAUCAAGUGUAACCACAGAAGGAGCAAAGCAAAAACUUCAAUUUUUGGAAAAAAAAUCUAAAAGUUAUUUAGCGGUCAGAAAGAUCCGUAGUUAUGAAGAAGAUUUUGAUACGAACUCGUUCGUUCAACAAGCGCAAGAUAUUUACAUCAGUGCUCAUGAAGCAUUGGCCAAAAGGGAUAAAUAUCAAUUAAGAGAAUUCGUUACAGAAAAGGCGUACUUGGAAAUGAUGCAUAACACCACAUGUAAAACGAUUUGUUGGAGAUUUUUAAAAUCUUUGGAACCACCAAGGUUAGUUCAUGCUAGAUGCACAAGUUUAAUUGAUAAAGAAAACGCUUUUGGUCAAGUAACAGUAAGAUUUCAUACACAGCAAACAUUAGCUAUAUAUGAUCGGUUUGGAAGAUUAAUGCAUGGAAGCGAAAUUUUAACAAAAGAUGUGUUAGAAUACGUUGUGUUUGAAAAACACUUGGCAAACGAAUAUGGUAGCUGGCGUCUUCAUGCAAAAAUUAUACCGGAAUGGAUGCCAUCACAACAGUCCUCGUUAUAUACUUACAAAAACAACGAAAAAAAAUCUACCGAAAAUGAAGAAAAAACUUUUUCUGCAAGUAAUUAA